CUUGACCACAACCUGACGAAAGCCACUCCAAGGGCACAGAGCACAUAAGCCUGAGCUCAGAAGAAAUUCAUUGCCUCACUGACACAAACCAAAGUCAUAGCUUUUCUUUGCUCCAUUGGUUUAGGCUCACACUGCCCUAAAAAGCAGAACACAGAGAUGGCUGAGGCACAUCAGGCGGUAGGCUUCCAGUUCACUGUGCGCCCAGAUGGUGUGGACUUUAAACUGAGCCAAGAAGUCAUCAAAAAUAUCUACCUAUCAGGAGUGACAGCAUGGAAGAAGAAAGCCAUUCAAUUCAAGAAUGGUGUAUUGGCAGGAGUCUCCCCUGCCAGUCCCUCCAGUUGGCUAAUAGUUGUAAUUGCCAUGAUGAGCUCUUUAUAUAUCCACAUAGACCUGUCUAUGGGAAUGAUGGAUACCAUCAAGGAAAACCUACCAUAUCGAGACUGUAUGUCAGUACAGACACGAGCAGUGCUGAGUGCCAUCCUGUUUGCCACAGGACUGUGGCUGUUCCUCAUCUACCUCCUGAGAUACACUCUUAAAGCUCUUCUGUCCUAUCAUGGAUGGAUUUUUGAGUCCCAUGGAAAAAUGAGUACAUCAACUAAAGUGUGGCUGUGCCUGGUAAAGAUGUUUUCUGGACGCAGACCCUUGCUCUACAGUUUCCAGGCCUCCUUACCCAGGCUUCCUGUGCCCAGUGUGGAUGAUACAAUUCACAGGUACCUUGAGUCAGUUCGACCUCUGCUGGACAAUGAGCAGUACAAUAAAAUGGAGCUUUUGGCCAGUGAUUUUAAAGAAAACAAAGCAGCUCAACUGCAGAGAUGCCUAAUCUUAAAAUCAUGGUGGGCAACAAAUUAUGUAAGUGACUGGUGGGAGGAGUACAUUUACCUCAGGGGCAGGAGUCCUAUCAUGGUCAACAGUAACUUCUAUAUAAUGGACCUCUUGUACGUGACCCCAACACACCGUCAGGCUGCAAGAGCAGGAAAUGUGGUACAUGCCAUGUUGCAAUACAGACGCAAACUGGAACGUGGUGAACUUGCACCGCUGAGGGCUUUGGGGACUGUUCCUAUGUGUUCUACUCAGAUGGAGAGGAUGUUUAACACCACUCGCAUUCCUGGCAUUGAAACAGAUUUUGUGCAGCACCUGACUGAUCGGAAACACCUGGUUGUCUUCCACAAGGGUCGGUUCUUCCAGGUGUGGCUUUACACUGGAGGCCGUCACCUUUUGCCCAGUGAACUUGAAACACAGUUUCAAAGGAUUCUCAAUGAUACAUCAGAACCUCAACCAGGAGAGCUCAAACUAGCUGCCCUGACAGCAGGAUACAGGGUUCCAUGGGCUCAGGCUCGGAUAAAAUAUUUUAGCCAGGGCAUAAACAAAGUAUCCCUGGAUGCAAUCGAGUCAGCUGCCUUCUUCCUGACAUUGGAUGAUGAGCCGCAGGGUUACGAUCCUGCAAAGACCAACUCACUUGAUAGCUACGCCAAGUCCCUGCUGCAUGGAAAAUGUUAUGACAGGUGGUUUGACAAAUCUUUUACAUUGAUCUCUUAUCCAAAUGGAAAAAUGGGUGUAAAUGUUGAACAUUCUUGGGCUGAUGCACCAAUUGUAGGACACAUGUGGGAGUAUAUUCUAUCAACAGACUGCUUCCAUCUUGGAUACACUGAGGAGGGACAUUGUAAAGGGGAUGUGAACAAAAACCUGCCUCAUCCCACUCGAAUACAAUGGCAGAUUCCAAAUGAGUGCCAAAAUGUCAUUGAAACGUCAUACCUCUCAGCCAAGCAGAUAGCUGAUGAUGUGGACUUCCAUGGCUAUCUGUUUGCUGAGUUUGGAAAAGGCCUGAUCAAGAAGUGCAGAACAAGCCCUGAUGCCUUUAUUCAGCUGGCCUUGCAGCUGGCCCAGUUUAGGGACCAGCGUGUGUUCUGUCUGACGUACGAAUCAUCGAUGACACGUAUGUUCAGAGAUGGGCGGACAGAGACAGUGCGCUCCUGCACUUCUGAGGCGGUUGCAUUCGUCAGAGCCAUGGAGGACGCUGGUGCGACGAAUGCCCAGAGACUUGCCCUGUUUCGGAAAGCAGCAGAAAAGCACCAAAACAUGUAUCGUCUGGCCAUGACUGGUUCUGGGAUCGAUCGUCACCUUUUCUGUCUCUAUAUAGUAUCUAAAUACCUUGGUGUUGACUCACCAUUUCUUACUAAGGUGCUUUCGGAGCCCUGGAAGUUGUCCACCAGUCAGACUCCACAGCAGCAGCUCAAUUUAGUUGACAUCAACAAGUUCCCGAAAUAUGUGUGUGGUGGGGGUGGAUUUGGCCCUGUAGCUGACGAUGGUUACGGUGUGUCUUAUAUCAUUGUUGGGGAAAACCUCAUCACAUUCCACAUCUCCAGCAAGUUCUCCAGUCCUGACACAGACUCAUAUCGGUUUGGUCAGCAUAUUCAAAAGGCCAUGCUUGACAUCCAAGCUCUCUUCAAGCCUGAAAAUGAUAAGACAGCACAGAAUGCAAAGUAUGUCCAUCUGGAAAAUGGGAAAAAGCACAUAUAACAGAGAGUGUGGCAGGGUAUGUUGGAUUUGGAGCACAUACAACCUGUGACUCAGUCUUCAUUCAUAAAAAUAAAACAAGGCUCUGGUGACAGGUUGGGCUGCUGUGGUGAGUCACAGCACAGGAGCUUGGCAUUCCUCUCAGACAAAAACAAUAUUUAUUACACAUCUAUGUUUUUCCUGUUUAUAUUCCGGGAUAAAGAAAUGUAUUUCUUUUUACACAAUAGUUCCUCACAUACACAUACCACCCUCACUGUAUAUAAAUCCAAUGUAAUGUAAAUAAAGCUACAAUAUGUAUUUAUUCAUGAUCUUAUGAAAGCUGUAAAUAUAUCUGCCAAUGUGUUCUUGUAUUUGCAGAUCUAAAUUAUUUGUUAUGUGCCUGUAUUUAAGAAUUUGCUGUUGAUUUUAAGGCGGCUGUCAUUAGUGAUUAAAAAUAUAACACACUAAAUGCAA